UUUGACAUGCAUUUAGUCGGGUCCAAACCGGAGCUGCCACAAGGUUCACAAAUACUGCCCUUCACUUAUUCUGAAUCAAAUAACACAUUUAUAUCGUAGGUGUUUUUUGUUUUAUUUCAGGACAACUUUUCCCAACACCCCUAAAACACCGCAACAUCUUGCCUUUUGAUUGACCGCUGCAUAUAUUGUUUUUCUGUGUGCUGAAUUUUCCUCCUGCUGGAAAAGGAUAAAAAAAAAACAACACAGGGGAAACUGAGGAACAAGGCACAGUGGAAAAUACAGGAGGUUGAAGGAAAAAGUGAAAUAACAAGAGACUUGGAGGAACAGGUUGGGAAGAGAGCAAGAAGACAAGUGAGAACCAGACUAAGAAAUCCUUGCUUUUGUGUGGAGAUUUUUUUGUUUCCUAUCUGCUGAUUAAAGGAGCUGACGCCAUGACCACAGAAAUGCAGGAAAUCGCCAUCACGGAGGAGAAGCCAUUACUGACGGGUCAGGCUGAAUCCAAGGAUGUUGAACUGGCUGCUAGGAUACUCCUGCACCAAGGACAGGAGCACAGCAUCGAGACCCCGCACGGUGUUCUGCACGUGACCCUCCACGGCACACGGACCACCCGUAGGCCGGCCAUCCUCACCUUCCAUGACGCGGGUCUGGAUAGUAAGAGCUGCUUCUCCCCUCUGUUCAAGUUCGAGGAGAUGCAGGAGAUUGUGAAGAACUUCACCGUGAUUCAUGUUGAUGCUCCGGGGCAGGAGGAGGGGGCUGCUGCCUACCCCUCAGGUUACCAGUAUCCCACCAUGGACAUCAUAGCGGACAUGCUCCCUUCCGUCCUGCAGUUUUUCAACUUCCGUACUGUAAUCGGAGUUGGUGUGGGAGUCGGAGCGUACAUCCUCUCCAAGUUCGCACUCGCAAACCCAGAUUCAGUGGAAGGUCUGGUUUUGGUCAACAUCGACACUAACGCCCGAGGAUGGAUCGACUGGGCUGCCCAGAAGCUCGUCUCCGUGACGUCUUCCCUCACAGAGCAGAUCAUGUCCCACCUGUUCAGUCAGGAGGAGCUGUCAGCAACCACAGAGCUAGUGAAGUUUCACAGAGAGCGUAUCUCCAAAGCUUCAAACCUGGUCAACAUAGAGCUCUUCUGGAAGACUUACAACAGCCGCAGAGACUUGAACAUUGACCGCAACAGCACCUUCAAGUGUCCAGUAAUGUUGGUGGUUGGCGAUCAGGCUCCAUAUGAGGAAGCUGCCGUGGAGUGCAACAGCAAGAUGGACCCAACAACAACCUCGUUCUUAAAGAUGGCCGAUGCUGGUGGUCUCCCUCAGCUGACCCAGCCUGCUAAACUGACUGAGGCUUUCAAAUACUUCAUCCAAGGAAUGGGCUACAUGGCUUCAUCUUGCAUGACCCGUCUGUCUCGCUCCCGCACCACCUCCCUGUCCUCCUCCUACUCCAUGGAUGGGUCGCGCUCUCGCUCCCGCACCCUCUCUCAGGGAUCUCAGGGCGGACAGAUGCCGCCCAGCUCCUCCCAAACCAUGGAGGUGUCUUGCUGAAGGAAAACAUAAUAAUAGCUAGGGAUGCUCCGAUCGCCAAUUUCGGGGUCGAUCGCCGAUCACCGAUCGCCGGAAUCAGUAUCGGCCGAUACCGAUCGCCGAUCCGAUCGAGUGGGCGGGGCCUAAAUGGAAGAUUUAAACAUCACUUUAAAUCUUCCAUUUAAAGUGAUGUUUAAACUCAGUUAAUGCUCAUUCACUGGAGCUUCCACAAACAACAACCAACUUAAUUAUUACAUUCAAAUGAUGUACAUUAUUCAAGUUUACAUUCACUU